GGUUUUAAGCGAUUAUCAUAUCCUCACAUUCCCUGGGAAAAUCGGAUAUUAAGAGAUCAUCGAUUCUCCCCUUUUUCUGUCAAAAAGACUGCAUUUCUAAGAAGAUGUAUACAUCUUCUAAGAGUCUAACGAGUGUUGCUCUGUAUUCGAUUAAAUUAUUUAAAACAACCAAUACGAUUAAAUUAUUUACCAAACAACCAAUACGAUUUAUUUUUAUGUGUACAAAAUGAAUUUUAUUAAUUUCAAAUAUUUGAAUAUGUAUGUUUCUUUUUAAAUUAUUAUUCAUUUACAAUGUUAUUUAUGUUAAUUAAUUUAGUAUGUUUGUUUUACGAUAAUAUGUAUGUAUCUCUUUAAAUUAUUAUUCAUUUAGAAUGUUAUUAUGUUAAUUAAUUUAGUAUGUUUGUUUUAUGAUAAUAUGUAUGUAUCUCUUUAAAUUAGUAUUGAUUUAGAUUAGUAUUGAUUUAGAAUGUUAUUAUGUUAAUUAUAUGAAAUGUAUUUUUAUGAUAAUAAAAUUCUUCUUGAAGUUAAAUAAUUUAAUUUAAUUAAUUUAGUUAUAAGGAAAAAACCUUACUAAUAUAUAAUAAUUAACGUGUAAAUUUUUGCUAGGAGGCACAAACAAUACUCCGCUAUAGGGGUACGACCAAUGUGCUCCCAUUCCACCUAGCUAGGGCUGGAUUUUCGGUUAUAACCGAUAACCGAAGUGUCGGUUACCGGUUAACCGUGGAAGCAGCCGUGCCUACCGCCCGAAGGAGAGCUUCGGUUAGCCGGCAACCGAACGAUCGGUUAUCGGUUAGUUGCUCGGUUAAUCGAGCUAACCGCGACAUAUAAUAAAAACCGGCGAGGAUGGCGGAGACUGGCGUCGGGGAGGCGGGAGGGAGAUGGUGGCGUCGGCGCCAGGGAGAGAGUGAGGGAGAGGGUCGGCGGCGGCAGGGGCAGGCACAGCGGCAGGGAAAGUGAGGGCGGCGGAUCGAGCCCCAACCCAUAGUCUAUCGUCGCUGCAUCGGAAACCAAAUCCUCCUUUUGCUCGCUCUCUCUCUCUCCGCUUCGUUUUCCCGACAUCUCGACCCUCUCUUUUCUGUCCGAUGUAAUCCCUCCCACCAGCAGAUGGCGGCGGCAGAUCUGGUGUCGAAGAUGAAGAAGACCCUCGAUGCCCAACCGAUGAUGACGAUUUGUGACGGGGAUUGGCGACGGAGAUGAUGAUGCAGAUUGAGCCCCAAUUCAAUUCCUAUCGCCGCCGCUUCGAAACCAAAUCUUCCUUUCGCUUGCUCCCUCUCUCCCCUUCAUUUUCCCCAAUCGGUUGCUGCUUCUGCUUUCCAUGCUCUGCAAAGAGCAGUCAGCUUGUCGUCGACUCGUCGGGGAGGCGAGAGGGAGAUGGCAGAGACUGGCGUCGGGGAGGCGGGAGGGCGAUGGUGGCGUCGGCGGCAGGGAGAGUGAGGGAGAGAGCCAGCGACGGCAUGGGCAAGCAGCGGCGCGCAGCAGGGAGAGAGUGAGGGGCAGGCGCGGCGGCGGCAGGGGCAGGCGCGGCGGCGGGGAGAGUGAGGGCGGCACCGCGGCGACAGGGAGAGGGAGAGGAAGAGUGAAUCGCAUUGGUGGAAGCCUGGAAGGGAGAGUGGAAGCCUGAAUCGCGAUGGUUAGGGUAAAAGACAGACACAGAUACGACAGCGUUUUAAGAGGGGAGGAUGCGCCGGUUAGUCGGUUUAACCGGUGGUUAUUUAUAGCGGUUAGCCGGUUAACCGGCCUCCUCAACCCUUCUACCGCCAACCGCCCGCACCCUCUGUUUUUCGGUUACCGGUUAACCGGUAACCGCCGGUUAUCGGUUUAACCGACCGGUUAACCGACAACCGAUAACCGAAUGGCCAGCCCUACACCCAGCUAUCUUGCACUUUCUCAAAAGGGCACGGUUGAACCCGAUUAGGCAUUUUAACGGCAUCAAAGUCGAUCGCCAACUCAUCACCGCAUUAGUUAAGAGAUGGAGAAAGGAGACCCAUUGUUUCAACUUUAGAUAAGGAGAGGCCACCAUCACGCUAAAGGAUGUCGUCAUCCUAACCCAUCUUCCCAUCGACGGCAAACCGGUGUGCGCGAGUAAUCAUCCCCCCGAGGAUCGUGACGGUAUGCCCGGUUGGGUUCAUUUCAUCCACAGUGUUUUGGCAGAAAAAGGUGGUAUCCGAAGAUCGCUUAAAACUCGAUUUUUCUAGGAAAUGGGAGGACCAUGAUAAUCGCUUAAAGCCUCAUUUCCUUAGGCAUGCAUCUCUUUAGAAAGAGUCUAACAAGUGCACCACUCUCCUGAUUACAAGAUAUUGUUAGCUGACAAUAUUAAACGGCUAAUAGAGAACUUACCAAUCCACCACAAAUUAUCAGCAAGCUUCUUCCGCUUGAAAUGAUGAUUCCAGUUGCUCUUGAAGUGUAGUAUGCACCACCUUUGGGACCACUUCUAGGCUGGAUCUAAACCUAAGAUGGCAGCUCUAAUGCCGGCGUGCCGAUCAUAGAUUAUUGUCAUGUUCGUCCUCCUAGUGACGUGGAGCUGAAUUUGCCGGAAAAACCAUCCAUAACUAUCAGCAUUCUCUCUCUCAACAAUGGCGAAGGCUAAAGGAAAGACUUGUCUGUUUGCAUCCGCCCCACUGCAAUCAGGAGAGUGCCCUUGUACUUGCCGGUAAAGAAUGUACCAUUCACUUGGAUCACAGGGACACAGAAGCCAAAACCAUCAAUAGAUGGCUUGAAUGCCC